UUGCUUUCCUGAAGUAAAGGAAGCAUUAUUAUCCGUGGAUUCAGUUGAAGAAGUUAUGAAUAUUAUUGAUAGCAGAUGUAAUAUCAUCAAUAUAGUACCAAUAAAAGCUAUUGUUAAUAAAUAUAACAUAACUGGUGCCAUCAAGAUUAUCACCGAGUUUGAUGAAGCAGUCAAUGAUUUCUGUUCAAAGAUAAAGGUCAAGUUCAUGCUCAACAAGAAAUUGUCACUAGCUGUCAGCUCACUCACUUGCGAAAGAGUAGAGUUUGUACUGGAAUGGGAACCUGAUGAACAUACACUUGAUGAUAUUAGAUGUCUCUUAGAGAAAGCAUUUGAAGACUUGGGCAAGAGGAUUAUUGUACGAACCAUUCAUCGUGGGAACUCCAUCAUUAUCAUUUGUCAUGCUCCACAUCAUAUGCUAGCUGCUCUUCUCUUAGAAGCACAAGACAACCUAGCUGUCUUGUUGAAGGAUUUCAGUUUAAUUAGACUAACCAUUGGCCACUACACUGUCUAUGAUAGAAGGAUCAGAUACAAAAUAAUGAAUGAGUGUCAUGCAGAGGAGAUUAAACUAGCUGAUGGAGAGGAACAAGAACUAAAGACUUUACUUGAUUACAAAGAAGGAUCAAUAUCUGAACGAGAUAAACAACUGGAUGUCAUCAAAAAAAGAAAAGAGUAUAUUGAAAGGAUACUACAGACUCCAGAGUAUAAACUGAAGAUGGAAAGAGUAUGGUUACAAAUGGCUACUAAUGAAAUAUUCAAAUCAAAGAAGUCAGACAUUCAGUAUUUCAGAACCUCUCUCUUAACGAAAGCAGAAACAGUGAUGGCAGGCACUGGAAAAGAGGAUGCAUUACUGGAGUAUAAGAAAGAGAUUGAGUUACUCCAAGAAAAUAUAUCAAUAAUUAGUGUACAGCUGCUGAUGAGCCAAAAGGCAAACAUUGACAAAAAGGAUCAGUGUACACAAUCUCCAAAAGCUGAAGCUAUUUACACAGCAGUAUUGACUAUCAUGCAUUAUACAGUGAUCAAAUAUCGUUCAGUCAAGAAGACCAGAUGGACAUCAUUGAGAAGUGGGAUACUUUUCGAUGGAAUGGAAGAUCGCUAGUGUCUGGUUAUGAAGGAGACAUUCCUAGUAGUUGUGUUUACUCAAUGUUGGAAUCACUUCAAUUGUUAGAGUUUGUACUGUCAGUGGAAAAAGUCUUCCUUCCUAUUCUACAGAAGAUAAGGAAUGAUUCAUCCAGUAAUGAUGAGAAAGCUUCUCUUUUCUUGGAGACUAUUAAUGAUGAUCCUAUUAUGAUAUCUGCAUUAAGACAAGACAAAGAACAACAUGAU